GUUUCACAUACCUGCCGAGCCCUACCACUCUUGAUAUCCUCUUGGUUUUGUAUUGCGUAACGAACGAUAAUAUGUCGGAUGCUCAAGAAGGCACCAACGGCCUAGAUGAUGGGUCGCAUCCACACUUGAGUCAAGAGGAUCUAGCAAAGCCCCUUCUGUUUAACAAUGACCCUGCUGAUAGGCCUGGUCAUGCACCUCUACUUGACCGUGUGGAUAUUCCAAGAGUUACCAUAACGCCGAAUGCAUCAUUAUACGAUACUGAUCCGCCUUCAAUUUUGCGGAUCCCGACAGGGAGUGAAGCCGACGCAGAAUGGUUCCGCAUCGGCACCGGAGUCAUGCCGAUUAUCAUCUCCUCCGAUGAAAUCCACAAACUAGGAAAGGAUCCCUCGGUUGCGGUCAAGAUUCCAGAAGAGCAUGGAUACGGGGAUGAUGCGUAUAUCGCACAGACGGAGGUGUUCCAUCUCCUGCAUUGCAUUGACAUGUUGCGGAAGGAGAUCUCCUACGAACAUUACUAUUUUCCUAAGUUUGGAAACAAUCCGGACGCUGAACAUAUGGCACAUAUUAGUCACUGUAUAGAUAUUCUGGCACAGGCCAUCAAAUGCUCCAGUAGCGUUGACGUGAUCCUGUUCAACUGGGUCGAGGGGUGGGAUCAACCUUUCCCGGACUUCAGUAAUCAGCAUGUUUGCCGAGACUUUGAAGCUCUUCUGGAGUAUGUCAAUGAGAAUUCGGUGCCACGCUCUGUGUGGAAAACAAUGAAAGAACCACCUGCGGGCUACGUGCGUCUGCCGGAGCCUGCGCCGGCACGACGGGCUGAAUCAGCUGGCGAUGCAUGA